AAUAACAGCCUACUUCCAUUUCCUUCUCCACUUUAAAUGUUGUUGAUAGUGUAACGAGGUUGUUUUGGGCAUUUAACGCGACUAAACUGUUCUUUGUGCCUAUUACUCUUCAGACAUGUAUGUCCGACCACAUCUCGUCGUGUUUCUGUGGUGUGCGAUGUUAACUGAAGGACUGGCAGAAGGCAGGCGCCUGCGCACGAGACGCGGCGUCUGUAAGAACGGGACUUACCAGUACGAGGGAAGAAGUUGCUGCCUUUGUCAGACAGGUCAUCGGUUCUUAAGUCACUGCACAGAUAAAAAUGACACAAAAUGUGAGUGGUGUGAGCAUGGCACCUAUAUAGAUCACCCGAACAAUGAUGACAAAUGCCAGCCUUGUAAAAUCUGUGAUUCCAAUGCAAACAUGGACAAAAUGCUGAACUGUUCGUCAUCUUCCAACACUGUCUGCAGGUGCAAAGACAAUUAUUACUGUGACAAGGGUGACCUGUGCAAGGCCUGUUAUCCCUGUGACACGUGUGAGAAACAUGGAGUGAAAGAAAAAUGUACAGAAACCACCAACACUGUGUGCCAUGAUGCCAAAGAGCCCGUACAUCUGCAAGUGGUCAUUGUAGCUGUUUUGGUGUCACUCAUACUUGUGGCUGGUGUUGGUGUGGUGGUCUUUUGGCUAUGUAGAAAAUGCAAGUAUCAUUUUAAGGGCAGACCGAUCGAACCAGCAGUACACCUGACAGAUUUAGACCUGGACUCUUACCUACUAGAUAUUGUUGAAGUUCUGGACUGGAAAACAGUGAAACGUGUUGCCAGGCGCAGCGGCAUGAGAAAUACGGAAAUUGAGGAACAUGAGCUUAACAACAAAAACGAUGUGAAAGAACAGAAAUACACACUUCUGCAGGCUUGGUCCCAGAGACAAGGUUUACGUGGAGCCUACCCAGCUCUCAUCAAAACUCUGCAUGAAAUGAAGCAACGAACAACAGCAGAUGAGAUCCAGACAAUUGUUGAGAAAGGACAGACGGAACGAGGUUUUAAGUGCUAUAAUCAGGUCCCCGGUCCUUCAUGA